CAUAAAAUUGGGUCCCUGGUCGAGGGACCCCCUUGGAUUUUAUUUGGCGGCUGUUGGUCCACUUCUCUCACGUACUCAUGCGCUGAGAAGACCAUAGAUACCGCUGGGCAUGCGCAGCCAUUGUCUUGCGAGUGCUAUUCUCUCGGAGCACAAUUUGCUUGUUGUCGCCAUGGCUGCAAAACAUCGCUCAACGGCAUGCUUAUCCAUCCAGGUGGCUUGUGCAGCAGCUGCGCUGGCUUGCAUGGGCAUUCCUGACCUGCGGUGGAAGGCUGUCCUUUUCGUGUACCUGCCCUUCCGAGAUGCAGAAUUCGUGCAGCCUUGGCUGGACAGCUAUUUGGACUUGGAGAUGUGGUGGAAUCCGGAGAACUUCAAAGAAGGAGAAGUUGCAGAGAUGCACGUCGCAGACUACUCCUGGGAGAAGAUGGAGCGUUUGUCGGAGGGAUUCCGCAAGCCCAUCGUGGUCCGGGGCCUUUUGAACGACACCAGAGGCUCCCAGAACUUCCUCUCGCCUCAGUGGGUGGAGUCCCACGGAGACUUCGACAUGAUCGAGGCCGUUCCCCGGGACGACUUCAAGUUCGCGUACACCUACCGUGACGUGAAGUUCUCGGAGUACGUGGAGGCCAUCCGCCAAGGGAUCUAUCGCUACACCAACGGCCUGGAUGAGAUGGUGACUCGCUACCCCGACAUCGCGGAGGACAUGGGCCUGGAGCGCAUCGGGGUGCCCCAAGGGUGCAGGGCAUUGGCGCUUUUUAUCAACGGAGGUGGAAAGGGGCUGCAGUGGCACAACGCCAACAACGUGAACCUGGUGGGCAUGUACCGGGGCACCAAGAUCUGGGACGUCCUAGAUGGCAAGUACUCGGUCUUCUUGGGGGUUGAAAUGGUCGUCGAUCCCUUCAGCACUGGCUUUAACUCCUUAAAGGGCAAGAGCACCUGGGAUCGGCUGCCGGUCCGUGAAGUGGCGUUGAACCCCGGCGACGUCUAUGUGAACCCAUCAUGGUAUUGGCACAAAGUGAGGAAUAUCCCGGACCCAGAGACGGGGCUGGUCUUCAUGAACAGCUGCAGGUGGUCGGAUGUCACGGCCAGCCUUCGGGCACAACCUGCACUUGAAUUAUUUCGGCACUUUGGGCAGUACACCUGGGUCCAUCCAAGUUUGCCCACCGUGCUGCGUUGGGUUCCUUUCGCCCGAGUUGUGCAGGACGGCAUCCGCGAGGCAAUGGGCUGGAUGCCCCGCUACGGCGAGCCCGGCUAUGAGGAUGACUGCUACAGCUCCAAGGUGUCAGCGUGCGAGCGCAAGUUCGCAAAGCUUGGCUUGCCAACACGGGCUGAGCGAUGAGCACUGUUUCUUUUUUCCUUUGCUACUGCCAUGGGCCGUGGCCGUCUACUCUCUUGAUCCCAAAAGGGAUUCUGCUGCAAGAGAUUGUUUUUCCACAUGUUGACAGUACACAUUUUCAAGAGUGUAAGCGCUGCUCAAGCGCUUCGUCACAUCGGCGCAAGCUGUUUGUCAUGAGGUUUAGUCAUAACUUCC